ACCCUUAUUCACAAAACUGGUUGUUAGUUCUAAAAUAAAUAAAUAAAUAUGAAGCCCCAAUUCCUACCAUCUCAUGAUUAUUAUUUUUUAGUGACUUAAUAAAAAAAGGUCGUUGAAUUGGACGCAAACAUGGGGUGAGUGAGAGUGGCAGUCAGAUGGUAUUAUACUUAUUAUAUAUAAUCGUUGAGCUUUGUAUCUGACUGAGUUUUUGCAUGGAUUCUUCUCUCUCUCUCUCUCUCUCUCUCUCUCUCUCUCUCUCUUUUUUGUUUUUUUUUGUUUUCUUGUGUCGGAUCUCUUUGGAUUAGGAUCUUUGUCCUCGUGUCUGAUUCUUGCUCUUCUUCAAUGCUUCCAUUUGUCAUUCUUUUAUUUAUGUCAUAAAUCUGAUUUCUGCAGAGCAUGGUGAAGAAUGAAGAUCUAGACUUUCCUUUAUGCUUUUUGAAUGGUGAAUGAGUGUUUUGAUCCAAUGCCAUGUGAAAAUCAUAGAGACGAGUGCGUGGAAAGUAGCAAAAUAUCGUUGAUUAUUUCACAGACAAUGAACAAUCAAGAUGGAAAACCAGUCACUCAGCCUGACAAGAGCAGGAUUGUCCCUAUGGCAAUCAUAUUUGUGGUGCUAUGUGGAUCUUCUUUCUAUAUGGGUAUAAUCUUUUGUUCUGAGAAGGACAGGUUUUUGUCAAUUUACAGUGAGAAAUCAAUUGAAUCCCACAAGGAGUCAUCAAUAAUUCCUCUGCAAAUUAAAUACAUCAGUUAUCCUGAAUGCAGCAUUGACUUUCAAGAUUACACUCCAUGCACAGAUCCAAGGAGAUGGAAGAAGUACAUCUCCAAUCGGCUUACUUUGUUGGAACGCCAUUGCCCUCCAAAAUUGGAGAGGAAAGACUGCUUAGUUCCUCCCCCGGAUGGAUAUAAGCUUCCAAUUAGAUGGCCAAAGAGCAGAGAUGAAUGCUGGUACAGCAAUGUUCCAAAUGAGUGGAUUAACAAGCAGAAGUCCAAUCAGCAUUGGUUGAAAAAGGAAGGGGAGAAAUUCAUUUUUCCUGGUGGGGGUACUAUGUUCCCCAAUGGUGUUGGUAAAUAUGUUGAUUUAAUGCAAGAUCUGAUCCCUGAAAUGAAAGAUGGAACCAUUCGAACUGCCAUUGAUACUGGAUGUGGAGUUGCUAGCUGGGGUGGUGACUUGCUGGAUCGUGGGAUUCUAGCUCUGUCUCUUGCACCAAGAGAUAACCAUCGAGCUCAGGUUCAAUUUGCUCUAGAGCGUGGUAUCCCUGCAAUUCUUGGUGUCCUUUCUACACGGAGACUUCCAUUCCCAUCAAACUCCUUUGAUAUGGCUCAUUGCUCCAGAUGCCUAAUCCCAUGGACAGAAUUUGGUGGAAUUUAUCUCCUUGAAAUUCACCGGAUACUUCGUCCUGGAGGAUUUUGGGUCUUGUCUGGUCCACCGAUCAACUACAAGCGCAGGUGGCGUGGAUGGAACACAACCAUUGAUGCAAACAGAUCAGAUUAUGAGAAGUUGCAGGAAUUGCUGACUUCAUUGUGCUUUAAAAUGUUCAAUACAAAGGGUGACAUUGCUGUAUGGCAGAAGUCUCAAGACAACAAUUGUUAUAAUAAGCUGAUUAGAGAUACCUAUCCACCUAAAUGUGACGACGGCCUUGAACCGGAUUCUGCAUGGUAUACUCCACUUCGCUCCUGUAUUGUAGUUCCAGAUCCUAAGUUUAAGAAAUCCGGUCUGUCAUCCAUUUCUAAGUGGCCUGAGCGAUUGCACGUUACACCAGAAAGGAUUUCAAUGCUUCAUCAUGGAAGUGAUAGUACAUUCAAACAUGACGACAGUAAGUGGAAAAAGCAGGCUGCGUACUACAAGAAGUUGAUCCCUGAGCUUGGGACUGACAAAAUAAGAAACAUAAUGGACAUGAAUACAGUAUAUGGAGGUUUCGCUGCAGCCUUGAUUGAUGAUCCUGUAUGGGUCAUGAAUGUAGUCUCAUCUUAUGCUACCAAUACACUCCCUAUGGUUUAUGAUCGUGGCCUUAUUGGAACCUUCCAUGACUGGUGUGAAGCUUUUUCAACAUAUCCUCGAACAUAUGACUUGCUUCAUCUUGAUAGACUCUUCACCCUAGAAAGCCACAGGUGCGAAAUGAAGUACGUGCUGCUGGAGAUGGAUCGAAUCUUACGGCCUAGUGGGUAUGCAAUCAUUCGCGAAUCCAGUUAUUUUACGGAUGCUAUCACAACCAUUGGUAAGGGUAUGCGUUGGGAAUGCCGUAAAGAAGAUACUGAGAAUGGCAGUGGCAUUCAGAAGAUAUUAGUAUGCCAGAAAAAGCUAUGGUAUUCAUCCAACCCCAGGGUUCAAGAUGACAAACUAUGGAACUAAAGCAGUGGUGAGAUGGUGGAGGAGAAGCAAAGGAAAGCAAAUGCAGAGUAUGUUGACUCGAAUUCUAUAAUAUAAUGAGCCAUGAAUCAGCCAAGUUCAAAUUUUUCUGAAGAACAAGUG